AUGAACUUGGUAGCUUGUAGGCCGCAAUCUGUCUUGAGCCAACGGCCCAUUCGACGUUCACCCAACAAGACUUACAUCGACUCAGAGUUGCAAACCAUAAAAGCGAUUUUUGCUGGCCGGCAGUUCAAGGUCGCGGUUGCUACAACACCAUCACAGCCAUCUGACCAUACAAGCUCAACCAACUGCUCGAUCCAAAAGUCUUCCGAUCUAGCAGCGUUGCUUGAAAGGCUGCGUGUUCUUCGCCAGCGAUUAAACGAGAACAAGAAAAGUCUCGUUGCCGAUCAACUGGUGCAACAGACGGAUGUAUUUAACCGGUACGCCACCGUGGACCGUCCGCCAGAUCAGCGGCCUCCUCCUCCUCAUUCAUCAGGGAGAAGAUACAAGCACCGCCAACGAUAUGCUAUCAAGACCCGCUCUCAGGUUGUGAAGCAUGAGCCACCAGAAGCCAUGAAACAGAACCAAUGGAAACCAUACAAGUCGGCCCCUGAUUCUCCGUUGGAACCGCAGUCUGCCGUCUCUUCAUCGAAACCUAAGUCACCGAAACGUCUGCCGUCUGCGGAGGGUAUGGACAAGAAGGAUCUGGUUAAUGCCAUGGCAAGGGACCACCCCAUGCGAACACUUGACAUUGGCACCGUCAAUGCCAACGCAACCAGAGGCCUGAACAGGGAAUUUGGUCCAGAAGGCUCGUCUGUUUAUCUUCCGAGGGUCAAGAUCGCCCUUCGAGAUAUUGCCCAUCAGUCGUCUCAUGUCAAGCGGGUUUGUCAGAGGGCUAUUGGCUUGUAUCUGGAGCGCCUUGCACUCUCCAUAAACGAGUCAGUGGUGCCAGCAUUGCCAAUGGUCAUGGAUGUGGUGGGGACCAUCGAGUCCGUCCAGCCCCUUCAACAGCAACCCCUUCAACAGCAACCCCUUCAGAAGCAGGCGAGUAAGCUUCAUGCUGAAGAUCGCUUAAUUCUCGAUAAGCUAUGCCCAAAGUUCACCGCCAAGGACAUUGCUGACGGCAGAAACAUCAACGACGGCACAACAGAGGAUCUCACCAAGCCCGAUGAUUCUGAGCACGAUGAAACAUUGGACAAAAAGAACGAACCCCUCCAGUACUUGAUGUGUCUGUUGAAUGCCAUGUACUCUGGCAAACUGCCUAAAAGGCAGAAGGGGAAGGAAAAGGGGGGUGCACCCUCAAUUGACAGUCCAAGCGCAGUCUGCACUUUUAUCGAACGAGCCCGGGAUUUUCUGCCAGCAAUCACGAAGGACGGGGACGGGUUAGAAAGGGACUUUGCGGGUUCGAGCUUUUUACGAUCAACCGCCUUGCAACUGUCGGUUGAGCUGAAGAAGCACUACAGGAAUGGUUCGACGGACCUUUGCGAAAAGAUUGCCCUCCUCAAGACGAAGAAGCUCCUGCCACUCGAAGCAAGGGAUUGCGUCGAUCCCGACAUCACUGCAUUUGAGAAUUUCGUCCUUUUGAACAGGGUAUGCGGCUGCCCCCGUUCAUUAGUGCCGAUGUCGUCUUUUGAAAACAAGUUUAUCACUGUCUCCGAGUUGGAACUUACAAGGAUCUUUUGGCGGGAUCCGAUGUUAAAGACAGUGCUUCAAUCCUACGCAUGGCCCGACUUUCCAAGUAUCGAAUACGCCGACCAAGUGUCUCAGACUGAUGUCGGAAUGUGGCUCUCUAGAGCAGUACCCGGUUGCCUUAUCACGAAGUUACUCACUGACAUUGGGGGAUACUCGGAGGUGGAACGGAAAAAGCUGCGGAGCUACUCCCGGUCGACUCGCCUGAUGCCUCUUGAAGAUACAAGACGACACAUACAACAAAUCCGACAUGCUGACUUCCAGCCCACAUCAUACACGGACAAGGGCUAUGUCCUCCAUGGAUCCAUUCGGACUGAUGGUUUCCGUCUCCAGCUCAUCGCCUUCAAAAUGAACGAGCUGCAUUCCGUCAAGUACCGACAGUUACCGGCGGAUCGACUCCCGAAUCGUCUCACUUCCACUGUUGCCGGCACGGACUACUUUCUGACGGAGAUUCGGAACGUGGUGUCUACCCCGCAGGACGUUGUCGACCUCUGGGGAUGUGAUCCGAAAAGAAUCAAGAUUCUCGGUAUCGACUUGGGACAGGCGUUUGUGGUGGGAGCAAGCGCUUUAUUACCCUCUCGCAACAAGCACCUUGACGCGGAAGGAGGUCCAGAGGGAGCCCAGAAGGAUCCAUUGGUCAAGCAACCUACGACAAAGUAUUUCAACCUCGCAGUCAAGCAGAAAGCGGUGUAUCAACCUACCCUCAAGCACCGGCGUUGGUUAGAGCAGAGAAAGGCACAGCCGCUCGAGGGGGGAGGAUCCAUCUGCCAGAUUGAGACCAGUCUGCCCGCUCGCUUUGGUCCUGAUGCGAGUAUUGCCGAGUACACAACAAGGAUGCAGGAGGUGGAGGCCCAGCUGGGUUCCUUUUAUGGUAGUGUUGUCUUGAAGAAGCAUCGGUGGAACGCCAGGAAGGCUCGCGACGAGGAGUACCGUCUGAUUGCCAAUCGUUUGCUCGAGAUGGUUGGAGGAUCAUUGGGAGCCAAGAGAAAGGAGAGCAACAAGAUCGUCAUUGGAGUUGGCCUGGGGCAGUUCUCUUCCAGGAUCAGGCUCUUGUCGCUGCACGAGUCUUUUGAGUCGUACUUUAUUCAAAAAGCACGAUCGCUUGGAUACAUUGUUGUCGGUGUAAACGAGUAUUACACUUCAAAGAAGUGCCCAACUUGUGGAGAGUUCGUUGGCCAAGUGGAUCUCCGGCGCCUGUACUAUUCAGAGUGCAAAAAGUACAUGCAUCGAGACGUGAUGGCCGGUCACAAUAUCUGUAAUGUCAUUCGUGGCCACCUCCUCAAGCAAGAGCGACCGCGCUACCUCCAGCCCAAGGACAUUGAUGGCAAUUAUCCCUGGGAAGAGAAACAGAGUUUCAGGCCCCGCCCUGGGGGGUCUGGUGCUGGUGGGCACAAGGGCAAAGGGGUCAAACGAAAGGCGACUGACGAGGGAACGGAUUCCAGUCAAUUCAGGAGAGUAUCAGUGUAG